AUGGCUUUAACAAGUAGUUUUACUAUUUGCAAAAUGUAUUUAUUUGCAUUUUUCUUAUCGUUUGAAUAUCCUCUUCAAGAUCAACCAAAAAGAAAAUGUACAUUUUUCCAUAGCAGACAAGCCCUAAGAAUGGAUGAAGACCUUAAAAUGCAGCCGCUUGACUCCACUAUUCAGAGUCCAUCAGAGACAUUGCUCUCCAUUCGUCUCUUGGACUUCAAAACAAGUUUAUUGGAGACUAUAGAAGAACUGCGGAUAAGGAGGGAAACGGAGAUCAAUUAUGAAGAUCAAUUAAGUAAAAUUGUUGUGGAGAAACAAGAACUCGAGUGGCAGAAGGUAACUUUUAUGGUGUUAAUAUUGAAGCAAUGGAACACAAGGAAACUUGACACAGUAACAUGGGGGAAGCUACAUAGUAACAGCUGUGUACUGUGCCUGGCUUUGGAAACUCUGCAGCAUCAGACAGACACGUUACAGCAACAACACAAAGAAGCUAUGGCAGCUUUUAAGAAGCAGUUACAGGCAAGGAUGUUUGCCAUGGAAGAAGAAAAGGGAAGAUAUCAACUUGCUGUGGAAAUAAAAGAAAAAGAAAUCAAUGGAUUGAAAGAAACAUUAAAAGAAUUACAGAUUUCCAAAUACACGUUACAAAAGAAAGUGAAUGAAAUGGAGCAGAAAUUACAGAUGCACUUAACAGCGAGAGAAGAGCAGCAUAAGAAACUGAAUGAACUUGAGAGGUGUUAUGCUACUAUUGCAUGUCAGUUUGGAAUCGUUAAAGGUGUUCAUGGAAAAUUAGAGCACAGUGUACAGGAAGCAAUACAGCUCAAUAAGAAACUAACAUCAGUGAACAAAAGACAAGAGACUGAAAUAAGUAAUCUGAAGGAAGAACUGAAGAAAGUAACUGCAGACUUGAUAAGGUCCAAGGUCACAUCUCAGAACAGGGUGGGAGAAGAAAACAUCAAUCUUGCAGCAAAGGAAAAACAGUUUCAAGAACUGCAACAAAAAAUCAGAAUGGAGGCAGCAAUCAGUAAAAGAGUUCAAGAAGAAAACGCUUACAUUAAAGAAGAGAAGCUAGAAAUUCUCAGCUCUCUACAACGUGUGCAGAAGCAGCUUCAGCAAGUAACUCAAAUGAAUGUUAAAAUGGAAAGUGAAUUAAAUGCACUGAGAGAAGAAUAUCAGACACUUGAAAGAGAUAAUGAGCUGCAAAGGAAGAAGGCAAAGGAAAAUGAAGAAAAGUUCCUUAAUCUUCAGAAUGAGCAUGAGAAAGCACUGAGAAUUUGGAAAAAAGAUGAGGAAGAUUUGAGAAGAGAGAGAGAUACCAUUAGAAAUGAGCUAAAUACCCUUAAAGAGGUCUGGGGACAUCCUGAUGAUUGCUAUCCUCCUCAGGGAAACCAGCGUUCUGAGCAAGUAGAAAAUCUGCAGAUCUGUUCAACAGUUCAUCCUAUAACAAGAAAUAGUGGUCAAGAACAAUCAAAAGACAGUGAAAUACAGACUAUUCAGAAAGAAAAUGAUUGUAUGCCAUUUAUACUAAGAAAAGAUAAUAACUUUGGACAUGAAGAUGAAACUGAAGUAAAAAACGCGGUGAACUUCUCCUUAAGCACUGAAGAGUUCCAGAUAGAACAAAAGUUACAAGUUCUUGACAGCAGUUCUAAGGAUGGAAUCAAUGCAGCUAGCCCUCUGGAAGGGAAGCAGAGGGAAGCUUCUCCCAGGAAUACCCUCUGCACAGAUACUGAUUUGAUUACCCCAGGACAGGACUCAGAAAUGCAUGUCACUGAAUGUAAAGAAGCAGAAAGCCUAGGAACAACAUGUGGAGUGCUGCUGGAGGGAAACAGUGCGAAUUUACAACAAAAGCUACAGGACAGCACUGGUCCAGCAGCAGCGCAUCACCCAGAAACAAGCAAGGUUCUUUUAGAUGCUACUGACAGAGUAAUUGUCUGUGAGAAAAAUGUAAUUCAAGAGAUGAACUCUAGUAACCAAGAACUGUGCAACACUACAGGUGAAUCAGUUUGUACUAAGGCAGACAAAAAGUCAAGUUUCAUAGAACUCAACAGCGGUGUUCUUACAACCGAAGCAUCCAAAAAAGAGUGUGAAGCAGCUGUCUGCACUGAGAAGAGUGCCGUGUGUGAAGGAAAUGCAGGUAAUCAUCAAGUGAAUGAAUUCUAUUUUGGCAUCCUAUCUUAUGCUAAAGAAAAUUAUCAGACAGAAUACCAGAAAUGUAACUUGCUGAACAGUGACAACGAUGUGGAUAACAGAUCGUGUAAGAUAGAAAAAAGCUUGUUACAGCUGAGUGGUUUACCUAGAGAUAAAUUUUCUUUUAAACAGAUGCUUGUAGAUGCUGAGGUCAAAAGUUACAAUGAUAAUGCUGCAAACAGCAACAGAAGUAGUACACCAAGGCAUACUGGUUUUCCAGCAGUGGAUGCUCAAAAUUUACUAGCCAUUAAUCGUGAUAAUGCAAGUACUGAUCAAGCUGCAAAAGAGCAUAGUAAUAACAUGCCUCUUACAGGUACUUACAGUGUAUGCCCUCCAAAAAUGAAUAAAGGAAUAAAUGUGGGAGAUGUGCACGGCAAACAACCUGAACAUGACAGCACUGAGCAAUCAGGAGGUGACAGAAGUACCUUGGAUGCUGAAGCCGUGACUCCAGUGAAGGCAGAUGAUUUUGGCACAACUGUUCAAAAUGGAAUUGGUGCCGAUAAACUUAAUGAAGAAAUUCAGAAACAGUCCAUCAAAAAUGGAUGUUGCCUGGACGUUAAUGACAAUUCAAUAAAUAACACUGUGUUAAAACAGAAGAAAGACUCGCUGCACAGUACAGUCCCAGGAAGGAAGUCUGCUGAGGGUCACCUGAAAGAGUUGUGCUCUUUAUCCAUGAGAACAUCUGGAAAUGUAGUAAAUGUAAGUGGAAGGUCAUCCUUUGAUCUUUCAACUUCAGAUAAAAAAGCUGAGAAAACCUCAGUAUGCUUCAAAUUUCUAGAGCUCAGCUCUUGUUCAAGAGUAAAUCAAAUGAGAAGUCAGGCUACGUGGACUUCAUCAUCCCAAGAACCUUCUGUUUCGAAGGAGAAACUGCCCUGUCUAGUGGAAAACAAAAAGGUGAUCUCAAGAGCAUUUCAGAACAUCGGUGAGAAUGUUGGCAGGAAAGAAACAGGUCCAGGUUCUACCAGUUCUAACGGAGCCGCUGACACUUGGAAUACCUCUGGUAUCCACCGGGACCCCCAGGGAGACCCUACUGAAGAAUGGAAUGCUAUGCCAAAGACUUUUUAUGAUUCUUCUUUUCCCACAGAACAUGUGAAAGAAGGAUUUACUGCUUUGAAUGAGCAGAAGUCAUCUCCCGUGACUGUAACUCCAGCACAAAGUGGAAGAACGCUGGGAGAGGAGGACAGAUGUCCUACUCAUAAUUCCACUGUACAAAAUCAAACAGAAGAAAUUGAGAAAUUCAUCAAUUUGGAAGGGCUUUGCUCAUCAAGAAAAAGAAAAUAUGAAGACAGUAAAAAGCAGUAGUAGGAGAUGGAUAAACCACUUCUAUAAGCCAAGUUGGUAGAGCUAUUCCUAUGUAGUGUAUAUUCAUGUACUUCCACGCUUACUACAGGCUAAACACUGUUUGUUUAAAAAUAGAUGCAACUCUAAUUAAUCUGUUUCUACAAUCAAAUGCAAGCAAGUUGUUAUGAAUUUGGCCUGAAGUUAAAAGUUCACAAGUUAGAUGUUGUAAUGAGACUUUACGCAGUGUUAAACCAGUGCCCAGAUCUUCUAGUCUGUGUUGACAGUCUGCUCUGUUUUUGAACACUGCUGCAAAGCAUAAUUGUUCUUAUGGACUCGUGCCACUUAAGGUUUGCUGUAGUAGGUUCUGUGAAAACAAUGCCUCUUUCCCCACUCAAACUGGGGUAUGACUUACAAAGUCUCACUUCUGGUUCAUGUUCCUCCUCCUCCAGGAUAACAGUAACCUCUCACUUCAGUUACUUACACCAUCACUUUCCUCACCUCCCUCCCGC